AUGUCCGACCAUGUAAUUACCGAUUCUAUAUCAAGAUCUCCUUCCCAGCCCGCCUCCGCCUCCCCUGAUUCUUUCUUCUCAGCUUGGUGGGCCGGACUGACCAGCUGGUGGAAUAUUCAUCCGUCCUCAAACUCAUAUUCGCAGCUUCCCCAAGCUCCCGAUCAACAGUCCCCUAGAUUGGAGGGUGAGACGCAAGAUUCCACAAUGGAGGCAUUGCGGUUAUCUAAAGCCCGAUGGCGCACUUACUGGCUUGCCGUUGUUCUCUGUUGUGGUGGUGCAUUGUUUGGAUAUGAUUCAGGCGUUAUUGGUGUGUACCCUGGCGGUGUUCUCACAUUCGACUCCUUUCAACAAUCAUUCAAAUUCACUUCAGGAGAGAAGACUCGCAUCAGUGCCAUUGCGGUUGGCAUCCAACAGGCUGGCGCACUAGCCGGUUGUUUUAUCGUUUGGCCAGUGACCAACCGGUGGGGCAGACGAAUUGCCAUGAUGGUCUGCUCCGUGGUCUUCUGCAUAGGCGUCGUGCUAGAGGUCAUCGACACCAACUCAUUAUCAGCAUUUUAUGUCGGACGCGUGAUCUGUGGUCUUGGAGUCGGAGCAUCCGCCACUGUCAUUCCAAUCUACCUAUCCGAGAUGAGUCCUAAGGAGAUUCGUGGCCGGCUUGGCAGCUGUUACCAAUUGACCUACACGAUUGGCAUUUUGGCAUCUUACUGGAUUGACUACGGCGUUGAAAAGAUGCCUUCUAGUGCCAAGCAGUGGCAGCUGCCAAUCGGUCUGCAGCUUGUUCCAGGUGCUUUGAUGGGCCUGGGCAUGUUCACUUUGAAUGAGAGUGUGCGCUGGCUCUUGGCCCAUGGGAAAACCGCGCAGGCGUGGGAAAGCCUUGUAUGGAUACGUGCUGGUGACGGGGCUGCAGUGCUGGAGGAAUUUGAAGAAAUGCAGCGUGGCCUUGAGGAAGAGCGUCAUGCGACGGCUGGCUUCCAUCCGCGUGAAUUGCUUGAAGGGCCUAAUUUGCACCGACUCCUGGUCGGCGGUGGUCUCUUCCUGGCGCAGCAGUCGACUGGUUCGACUGCCCUCGCCUACUUCGGCCCUCAAUUUUUCUCCCUUAUCGUUGGCCCAGGUGACAAGAAUCUGCUACUUACUGGCAUCUUUGGUGCUGUGAAGGUUGUAGCCUGUUUGAUAUUCGUGUUAUUCAUGUCUGACCGAUUCGGUCGCCGCCCAGUAUUGGCUGGGGGAGCUGGCUUCAUGGCUGUGUGCAUGCUGGUCACCGCUGCUGUCGUCAAGAACUACCCACCAGUGGAUGGAGUGGUGUCCUCUGCGGGCAUGGCUACAGUUGCUUUGAUCUAUCUCGAUAUUAUCGCUUAUAACUUGAGUUGGGGCCCGUUGCCCUGGCCAUGCGCAAGUGAGAUUUUUCCCACUCGAAUUCGCGAGCCGGGUGUCGCCUUUGGCGUUGGCUCUCAGUGGCUCUUUAAUUUUGUAUGGAGUUUUUCCACUCCAUACAUUAUGGCCGGAAUUGGCUGGGCGACAUUCUUGCUAUUCGGUCUGCUGGAUAUUAUUAUUCUCGUCGUGACUUACUUCUGUCUGAAGGAAACUGCGGGCAAGACAUUAGAGGAGAUCAAUGAGAUGUUUGAUGGUAUUGAUCCUGAUGACGAGCAAGGAUGGAAGGAUGAUACUAUCAUUGAUGGCAUGGGCGCGGAGACGACGGGACUAGAUCGGUCACCGCGAUAUCUUGACGGAGCUGAGUCUGUCAAUACAGCCAAGUCCACCCAGGAUAAGAAUGGAACCAGGCACCUCGAGUCGACCGCAGGCUAG